AUGUGGAGCUAUCAUUGGAAAUGGAAGCCAGGUCCUCUUCUGUUCUUAUUUGCUGUGUGUAUCAUAUGUGUUCCUCACUCAGCAUGGGGAUGUACCAACUGCAGGGUUGACCUAUCCAACCCAUCUGGGACCUUUACUUCUCCGUGCUAUCCUAACGACUACCCCAACAGCCAGGCUUGCAUGUGGACCCUCCGGGCCCCCACUGGCUACAUCAUUCAGAUAACGUUUAAUGACUUCGACAUUGAGGAAGCUCCCAAUUGUAUUUAUGACUCGCUUUCCCUUGAUAAUGGAGAAAGCCAGACUAAAUUUUGUGGAGCAACUGCCAAAGGCCUAUCAUUUAACUCAAGUGCGAAUGAGAUGCAUGUGUCCUUUUCAAGUGACUUUAGCAUCCAGAAGAAAGGUUUCAAUGCCAGCUACACCAGAGUUGCUGUGUCCUUAAGGAAUCAAAAGGUCAUUUUACCCCAGAUGCUAGAUGCUUACCAAGUAUCUGUUGCAAAAAGUGUCUCCAUUCCAGAGCUCAGCGCUUUCUCACUCUGCUUUGAAGCAACCAAAAUUGGCAAUGAAGACAAUGACUGGACAGCUUUCUCCUACUCAGAUGCAUCCUUCACACAAUUGCUCAGUUUUGGAAAGGGCCAGGGUGGUUACUUUCUAACUAUUUCAGGCUCAAAAUGCUUCCUGAAUAGUGUGUUACCUGUCAAGGAAAAUGAAGACAUCUUCACAGACAGCUUUGAGCAGCUCUGCAUUGUUUGGAAUAAUUCUUUGGGCUCUGUUGGUGUGAAUUUCAGAAGAAGCUAUGAAAUGGUUCCAUGUGAUGCCACCAUUAGCAAAGUUAUUCCUGGGAAUGGGAAAUUGUUGUUGGGCUCUGAUCAAAAUGAAAUUUCCUCUCUAAAAGGGGACAUUUAUAACUUUCGACUUUGGAACUUUACCAUGAAUUCUAAAAUCCUCUCCAAUCUCAGCUGUAAUGUGAAAGGGAAUGUGGUUGACUGGCAAAAUGAUUUCUGGAAUAUCCCAACCCUAGCUCUGAAGGCUGAAAACAACCUGAGCUGUGGUUCCUACCUGAUCCCACUCCCAGCAGCAGAACUAGCCAGCUGUGCAGAUCUGGGGACCCUCUGUCAAGCUACUGUAAGCUCUCCUAGUACUACACCACCCACUGUCACCACUAACAUGCCUGUUACUAAUAGAGUCGAUAAACAAAGGAAUGAUGGAAUUGUCUAUAGGAUUUCUAUAGUGAUUCAAAACAUCCUUCAUCAUCCUGAGGUAAAAGUACAGAGCAAGGUGGCAGAAUGGCUCAAUUCAACCUUCCAGAAUUGGAACUACACUGUUUAUGUGGUUAAUAUCAGUGUUCAUCUGAGCACUGGAGAGGACAAGAUUAAAGUCAAGAGAAGCAUUGGGGAUGAUUCAAGGUUGGUGAUUUGGGCUCUUCUAGUUUACAAUGCUACCAACAAUAUCAACUUAGAAGGAACAACCAUUCAGCAGAAGCUCUUAAAAAAUAAUGAAUCCCUGAAUGAGGGCCUGAGAUUAUACACAGUGACUGUGAGGCAACUGAAUACAUGUCCUGCCAAUGAGGAGCCUAGAGGCUAUCUGUGGCCCAACAGCCAACCUUCUGAAUAUAUUCUACCCUGUAAUGGAAAACCUGGUUUUUAUGCUUCACGGAUAUGUCACCGCAAUCUUACCAAUGCAUCUUCAGCCCACUGGGGGGUUCCUGAUGUCUCCAAUUGUUCAAGUAACCUAAAUAAAGUCAAUACGAUUUUAAAUUUAACUAGUGAGGGGCAGAACUUGACCUCAGCCAAUAUCACCAGCAUUGUAGAAUAUGUGAAAAGAAUAGUGAACAAUGAAGACAACAUUGAUAUAACACUUGGCUCCACUUUAAUGACUAUAUUUUCUAAUAUCUUAACCAGUUCAGACAGUGAUUUGCUUGAGUCUUCUUCUGAAGCUUUAAAAACAAUUGAUGAAUUGGCCUUCAAGAUAGACCUAAAUAGCACAUCACGUGUGAAUAUUACAACUCGGAAUUUGGCACUUGGAGUAUCAUCUCUGUCCCCAGGAACAAAUGCAAUUUCAAAUUUCAGCAUUGGUCUUCCAAGCAAUAAUGAAUCAUAUUUCCAGAUGGAUUUUGAUAGUGGCCAGGUGAAUCCAUUGGCUUCUGUAAUCUUGCCUCCAAAUUUACUUGAGAACUUAAGUAAAGAAGAGUCUGCAUUAGUUAAAAGAGCACAGUUUACUUUCUUUAAUAAAACUGGACUUUUCCAGGAUGUAGAAACCCAAAGAGACAACUUAGUGAGUUAUGUGAUGGCAUGCAGUGUUGGAAACCUUACUCUCCAGGAUCUGAAGGAUCCUGUUCGUAUUACUAUCAGACAUACAAGAGUUCAGGCAGUACAUCAUCCCAUCUGUGCCUUCUGGGAUCUGAACAAAAACAAGAGUUUUGGAGGAUGGAACACCUCAGGAUGUAUUGCAUAUAAAGGUGCAGAUGAGAGUGAGACUGUUUGCCUGUGUAACCACCUCACCCACUUUGGAGUCCUGAUGGACCUUCAGGGAACUGCCUCACAGAUAGAAACGAGAAAUACUAAAGUCCUCACCUUCAUAACCUAUAUUGGAUGUGGAAUAUCUGCUAUUUGUUCAGCAGCAACUCUCCUGACAUAUGUUGCUUUUGAAAAAUUGCGAAGGGAUUAUCCCUCCAAAAUCUUGAUGAACCUGAGCACGGCCCUGCUGUUCCUGAACCUCAUCUUCCUCUUGGAUGGCUGGAUCACCUCGUUCAACGUGGAGGGACUUUGCACUGCUGUCGCAGCCUUGUUGCAUUUUUUCCUUCUAGCAACAUUUACCUGGAUGGGGCUAGAAGCGAUUCACAUGUACAUUGCUCUGGUUAAAGUUUUUAACACUUACAUUCGCCGAUACAUACUAAAAUUCUGCAUCAUUGGCUGGGGUUUACCUGCUUUGGUGGUGUCAGUUGUUCUCGCAAGCAGAAACCAAAAUGAAGUCUAUGGAAAAGAAAGUUAUGGAAAAGAGCAAGGUGAUGAAUUCUGUUGGAUUCAGGAUCCAGUCAUAUUUUAUGUGACCUGUGCUGGAUAUUUCGGAGUCAUGUUUUUCCUGAAUGUUGCCAUGUUCAUCGUGGUAAUGGUGCAGAUCUGUGGGAGGAAUGGCAAGAGAAGCAAUCGGACCCUGAGAGAAGAGGUUUUGAGGAACCUGCGCAGUGUGGUUAGCCUGACGUUUCUGCUGGGCAUGACGUGGGGUUUUGCUUUCUUUGCCUGGGGACCCUUAAAUGUGCCUUUCAUGUACCUCUUCUCCAUCUUCAAUUCAUUGCAAGGCUUAUUUAUAUUUAUCUUCCAUUGUGCUAUGAAAGAGAAUGUUCAGAAACAGUGGAGGCGACAUCUCUGCUGUGGGAGAUUUCGGUUAGCGGACAACUCAGAUUGGAGUAAAACAGCUACUAAUAUCAUCAAGAAAAGUUCUGACAAUCUAGGAAAAUCUUUGUCUUCAAGCUCUAUUGGUUCCAGUUCAACCUACCUUACAUCCAAAUCUAAAUCCAGUUCUACCACCUAUUUCAAGAGGAAUAGCCACACUGACAGUGCAUCCAUGGAUAAGUCCUCAUCAAAACUGACCCAUGUUGAUGGAGAACAAACAUCAAUCAUCCCUGUCCAUCAGGUCAUUGAUAAGGUCAAGGAUUAUUGCAAUGCUCAUUCAGAUAACUUCUAUAAAAAUAUUAUCAUGUCAGAUACCUUCAGCCACAGCACAAAGUUUUAA